AUGCGGGAGGCGGGCGGCGGCUGCGGGGAGAUGGCGGAGCGGGAGCGGCAGGAGCGGCUGCGGGAGGCGGCGGCGCUCGGCGAUGAGGAGGAGGUGCGGCGGCUCGUAGAGAUGGGGGUCGGCCUCAACUCCCAGAACGAAGUCAACGGAUGGACCUGCUUGCACUGGGCCUGCAAGCGGAACCACGCAGCGGUCGUGGCUUACCUGCUGCACGCCGGGGCUGACAAGGACAUCCUGACCAAGAAAGGGGAGAGGCCAGCCCAGUUAACAUCCAAGAGAGAGAUCAGGAAGAUGUUGGGAGUGGAAGAUGAACUCCCAGACUUAAAGCAGGAUUCAGAUCUGCCAAUCAUCCCCAAUUACCUGGCUAACCCACCUUUCCCAUAUGUUUACAACACCUCGAGUGCCAGCGUUCCAGAUCCUACCUUGAAUGGGGAUCUCUCACACGUGGAACCACAAGACACCAACUCUCCAUGUGUACCUGGCCUGGACACCUACAGACCAGCCCGAGCACCGGGACAGCCCGGGAACGGGAACGGGAACGCUGCUCCUGAGGCACCUCCCAACGGGGACAUCCCACCCCUUCCUCGAGGGUCUGCUGGGCCAGCACACCCAAACCCUGUCCUCCAGAGACCUCCUGUUUACCAGGGGUUGGUGUCUUGGGGCAGAAGCCCUUCUUCACCAGCAGGAUCCAACCAGUCCCUACCCCAGCAAGGGAACAGCUCCUGCAUGGGACCUGUGCCGGCCUUUCAGCCCGUUUUCUUCACAGGAGCUUUUCCACUCAACAUGCAAGAGCUGGUGCUUAAAGUGAGAAUACAAACCCCUAAUCUUAGAGAAAAUGACUUCAUUGAAAUUGAACUGGACAGACAAGAACUGACCUACAGGGAGCUGCUCCGAGUGAGUUGCCGUGAGCUGGGUGUGAACCCUGAGCAUGUCCAGAAGAUCAGAAAAUUACCAAAUACAAUGUUAAGAAAGGACAAGGAUGUUGCAAGGCUACAGGAUUUCCAAGAACUGGAGCUUGUUCUAACAGUAAGCGACAAAAAUUUACUUUUCAGAGUCCCAACACUUUCUGAACAGAGUGGGUAUAACAAGAAGGCAUCAGAACUUACAUACUAAUUAAGGAGUAAAACAAAAUAUUUUUAUCUUUCAUUUUUACAAUUAUGUUUGAAAAACAGUAUAUAUAAGGGCUAAUGAUGUGAAAAAAAUCUAUUUUGUUAACCGUGAAAUAAACUGAAGUGGUUAUACACAUAUACAGCUUCUAGUUAAUCUAAGAACAGUCAGUCUGGUAUAAAAGCAGCUCAGUGCACAGAAAAGGAAGUAUUGGUAGAACUGUCUGUUAAUGCAGCACUUCCUUACAAAAAGAUAAUGAAAUACUGCAGAGUUAGCAGCUCUCAGGGAAAGGCUUACCUUAAGCUGUUCUAAUAAUUUGUUUGCUAUAAAAUAGCAGAGGCACUCAAGCUAAAAAACCUGCCAUGAAGCCCAUUUAAUAUUUGUACUGAGUCCAUUACCAUCAAUGUUCUCUUUUUAGAUCAUGUUUAUUAAGUCCUAUCUUACUUAGAGGGAAAAAAACCCAG